AUGUUUAUUGCAAGCAGACGGAUUUUCCCUCCUACUGAUUCGGCAGUUCCGCAACAAAUGGUUCUUGAAAUAAGUGAUGAAUGGACCAACCUGGAACCAGAAGUAGCCUGCUUGCUGCGCACAACCACCGACAACCCUCCCAACCAAGGCUCAUAUCGAAAGUACCGAUUACGAUGUUCGUACAGCGACUCGGUUCCAGGACUUCAAAAGCCGGAGCUUCAAUUCAAGUUGAUGCCUGGCCAUCAGCUUUCUUCGUCACCUAGUUUGAGUCGCUUGACGCCGGAAAUUUUAUCAGUUCCAAGGGCCUCAACCAUUGAUACCAUGGCCUACAGCUCCGUCACUUCCUGGUUUACAGUUGGACAAGGAUCAGUGACGGAUCUUCAAGACCUGUUAGAUGCUUCAGCAGUGGUGGCAGCCCGAUAUACAAACGCAUCAAGCAAUUUGAAUCUGAGUGCUGUGCUUUAUGAACUCGUUCUCGAGUGUUGGGAUUUCACAUCUCCUCAGGUGACCAGCUCAGUUGCCAUCAUUCAUGACAAUGAGCUCUGGACUCGACUCCUGUGUCGUGGGCCAAACGCCAUGCCCCUCCUCGUUGAUUCGGCUACGCCUAGCAACAGCCUCUACCUGCACGAUUUCAGUUCUAUGGCAGACCCUUCUGUCUUUCCAGCUGCUGGAUCUGACACGGCUCGCGUAUUCAGGAUGCGCGGUAUGAUUGCCACGAAAACAGCGCAAACUAUUGUCAAGGUCGAUCUCCAUCAAUCUAACGAUACAUUUGUCACCUCCUGGACACUCCAAGGCUUUGACAGCAUUGUCGUCCAACAGAGAACCGUGCUUAGCGGUAGCCAGCAGGACUGGCAACCACCGGCUGAUCUAGACCUGAGUGAGAGCAUCAUCAAACUCAGCUGCUUUACGGAAAAGACCUAUGAGCCAACCGCUUGCUGGAUCUAUGAUUUGGCCCUGGAGGUACACGAGCGACGUACCUCAACGAGCAGUCCGGCUCUCCGUUCUAUUAAAAGUAUCAAUCGAUCCCUCAAGCUCGGAGUUCCAACCAUAACUGUUCCUGCGGAUGGUAGCUCAGUUGAGGUGGGCCGCUUUCGGGAGCUUUUCACCCACGGCGCCGCAAUCCUCGAUGCAGACAGUGCGCGAGACUUCAGUGUGAGCAUGACGAUGCUUCAUGAAUCCUGGCUUGCAGCUGGCGAUGCCCUCGUGCUCAAAGCGACUGAUCUCAACAAUCGCAAAAAGGUGCAAUCCAUUAGACUUCCGUUAUCCAGUAAGACAUAUGCAGCAGAUAACAACUGGUACGAAGACUUUACUGUUUCCAAUCCAUUCACAUUUGGUGAUGGCCGCACUCGAAGCAUUCCAAGCACGGACUGGUUGAUUGAGCUUUCUUUUGAGACCAAGUCAGAGAGAACAGAGCAGCUCCAGGUCACCAGUCUCGUGUUGGAGGGUCGAGAUCGACCAAUGGUGGACUUACACCUUCCCCCGUCUCAAGUGACCGGUAUUGCGCUGCUCACCCAGACCAUCACCUUGCCCAAGUCAGCGUACCUGAGCCCUCUUGGUGACCCUUUUACCAUCUCCCUAUGGGUGUAUCAUACUUCCACGUACUAUGAGGAGAACGAUAUCGACAACACCGAAGGCAGCCUGCACACAAUCAUCUCGAUGGAACAAGGAUACUCGUUGAGCAUUCGGGGCGACGGGGCACUGUGCGCUCAGGUCCAGGAUGUCAACGACACGGAGACCGACUCCCAGACUAGGAAUGCAGUCUAUCAAAGAGAGGUCGGCCUCCAGGUUGCAGAGUGGCACUACAUUACGUUCAUCUGGACCGGCUUUGCGAUUCAGCUGGCUGUUGACGGGACCUUUCAAGAAGAAACAACUGCUACAUAUUCAAGAUUAUUGCCUGGCAGUGGGUUCCCAGUGCUUGGUUCACCAAGUUUUGCAGGGCGGAUCAGAAAUGUGACAUUUUGGAACACUGCUUUGACGGUCGACGCAGUGCGUAGUGCCAUGUUCACUCCGGUUGGCAGUCCGCCAGACCUCAUUGCGAGUAUUGAAUUCACCUCAAUGACGCCCGUCAUCAAUGCGCCCAAAGCACCUGAGUUGAAAGGCUUUCAGCUUCCGCCAGAAGUCAGCAUCUACAUUGAGAGUAAUGGCUUGGUUAUUACCGAGGGUGGGUGCGUCUUGGUGGGAAAGGACGGAAUUCUGCACCAAACAGGUCAAAGUGGCUACACGCUCGAGGCAUGGAUUGCCCCCAUGGCGAUUCCGACAAAUACCGUUGUGAUAGCGGGCGAGUUUUAUUCUCUCUCUCAAGGAUAUGGCCUACAGAUGCAGGGACAAUAUAUCAUAUCAGUAUGGGGCAAUGCUGUCUUGAGAUCCAAGGGACAGAUUGCAGUGGAUGAGAUUAAUUCGCACUGGACGCACGUUGCUACAACGUUUGACCCAGCAGCUGAUCCUCCCACGCUCUCGCUCUAUAUCGACGGGGCCUUGGACUCUACUCUUUCUUUGGAUAUUUCAACCUCGGUAGACAAUGAAAGUACGGAUUUCGUCAUCGGCGCGUUCUGCCAAGACGCAGAGCCUGAUGCUAUACCCGUCAACUGCUUCGUUGGCUACAUGGAUGAUAUUCGCCUGUGGAAUGUCUGCCGCGGGGAGAUGGAGAUCCGGGUACUGAUGUACGGCUCUCCCGCAGUUGAUGCACCAGGCCUGACUGCCAACUGGACGUUCGAAGCGGAUGCAGAUAAUGUUUCUUCUCCCACCCUAUCUGGCAAUGCAGAAAUCAUUACGUACAGCAGACCUCUCGUUGAGGCGAGCCCACCACAGCUCCUGACAAUUGCAGCGUACCAGCAACCGGGAUAUAAACCGCUUCCACCUCGGGUGUCUGACCUGAUGCUCAGACCAACACCUCCAGUGAACGCCUUAGGGUUACCCAUCCGACCAGCAGUAGAAGUGGAGAUCGACCCCGAGCUUGCGUUGAUAUGGAUCAACUUUGUCCUCCAGCUCAUUUGCAUAAUCCUCGAGGCUGUUCUUGCAAUUGACUUAGAGGGCGAAGAAAUACGAGAGGUUGUCAUCUUGCUUUGGGAGACCGAGUCGAUCCGGCUGAUCAUCACCGGUCUCGUCACUCUAUUCCAGAAUCUACCGCAGAGCGAUCCGCCGGCCACAGAGCCAUCAGUCCUUACCGAGAGUUUGAUGUCCAGACCUGCGCUGAACCGCCCCCUGGUCGCCAGCGAGAUUGAUACCAGCAGCGCUGUGGACGUCUCUCAUCAAAUUAUUGCGCUUCUUUUUGAAAUCGCCAGACAGGGCCUUCUACUCAGCUUGCUUCGGUCUCUCCCUGCCUUGUCGUGGAAAUCCAGACUGUGGAUGAUGGCGCAAGUGGUUCCAGGAGUCGGAGAGGUGAUCAUCGCAGCCAACGUUGUCAUUACUUUGGGCCGCAUUUACUUUGCAAUCCGCGCCCUCCUCGACGCAUUAGAGGAAUACGAGAAGAAGAAGACGCCCCAGCUUCCUGCUGCACUCCUGGUGACCUUUGACGGGGCUCCCAUUAUCCUGAGCAACAGUGAUCCUGUUCCCUUGCGCGUUGGAGGAGCGUCCCAGACCAUCUACGUCGCUCUCGUUCCUCCUUCUACCAACGGGUCAGUUUCGGUGUUUAUCGAGCCCUCAGAUCCAUUAUCCAUCUUGGUAUCCGGCAACAUAUUGGUCUUCCCGGAGGGUGACAGCAGCCCUCAGCCUGUGGCCAUUACCUGUGUUAAACCACCUACAACAAAACAGCGACCGUACCUAUAUGUCUGGACGAGUCUUGGAGCUCGUGCCGGGGCGGCCAAAGUGAACCUCGACCCUCGCGAACAGCGGUUGAUCAUGGAUCCCGACAGUGUCAGCCUCUCUAUGGACGUGGAAGACGACAAAAUCACCCUUGACGUCUCCUUCUAUGCAAUUCUGGACCCCUCUACGGACCCCGUCAUAGUCUCAUUUUCAGACGUCACCGAUAAAGACGAUGACCCCGACUCGUCAAAAAUGCUCGAUUUCGAACCUGAGAGGAUGAUCUUUCUACGGGAAGGGAACCAGACACAUAAUACAACCCCACAGAAGCUGACAAUUUCGCUCAAAGAUCGUCCGCCUGAAGAGGCUGAAGUGGUUGGAGGCGCUGUGCCUGCUCCGAUGGUGGUCACCCGGAGCAAGAGAAAGCUCGCCCAGGCCCAAGAUAACAAUAAUAACGUCAAGAGGGCCAAGGUGGCUGUGGUUGCAACCCAUAUCACGAACAUCACCAUGAUCCAAGCCGGCAAGGGAGAUUGCUAUGUCAUCAGCGACCAGCAAGGAAAUGCCGCUGUGGCCAAGACAAUGCUGGUGGACGGAGGUGUGGCGGGAACCUGGGCACGCCUGCACGAUGUGCUGACAGCCCUAAAUAUUGAUGUGUUGGAUGCUGUGCAAUGCACCCACUACGAUUCGGAUCAUGUUUCAGGACUCAUCGAGAUGGUGGCCGACCAGGCGCAUUGCCUUAACAUGUCCAACUUCCUGUUCAACGACCCCGACGGCAACAUAACAGAUCUUCUGCCAAACCUCAACCCCCUAGCACCGCCAGUGCUCGCUCUAUCCCGUCUUGCCAUUUCUCCCGCCAAACCCGUCCCACCGGCUGAAUCCAAUCAGCCCCUCGCGCUUAACCCCGUACCCCCUAGCGCUCGGUUGAUCGAUCACAGCAAAAGACAAGGGCGUCGGCUUUACGACCUCCUUGCCCAAUGGAACACCCUUCAUGUUGUCAACAACCGACCCGCGAUCACUCUCCUAGCCCCCUGGGGCAACGGCGAAGCCAUCCCGCAGCCAAGCAUCAACCAAUUCGACCUCUUCCCCGCGCUGAACACGACUUUUUACGGCCCCUCAAUAGCCAAUAUCACCGCAAUGCGCCAGUCCGGCGCCCGGGGCGUGCAGGCAAACCGUGUCUCCACCGUCACCGUAUUCAGCACGAAAAACAGCACCGAUGCGUUCACGGGACUAUUCACAGGAGACGCGCAUGACACGAUUCUACACCGAGACAUCCGGGGAGAUCUGACCGCGCCCCAGCAUUUCUCGAUCAUGAAAGUCCCGCAUCAUGGCAGCAAGCACAGCGAAUCCCAGGAAUUCUAUUAUCAGUAUACCGCAGACGUGUACUUGAUAUCGUCUCGGUUUUCGACUCAUGGGCUUCCAAGCUUGAGGAUCAUGAAGGCGCUUCUUUGGGGUUGCCGCAAUCGAGGCACCAAGCCCAUCAUUAUCACAACCUCAGUGUACGAGACAAGCGGAAUCGACCAGAUGGUGGGUCCACUGACGCAGGACUUGCUGAGCACGGGGGCGAAGAUGUACUUUUUCAAAGAUGGCAUGAACAGUAUGAAUAGCAUCACCCUGACAUGGAAGAAUGGAGUGCUGGAAACGAAUGUGGCCCAGCUUGGCAUGACGGUGAAGCCGUAA